AUGCCUUCCAUCAACCGCCUUCUUGUUCUCGUUAUCCUUGGUGUUUCCUUGUCUGCCCAGGCUAUCCCUGUUCCAGAUGACUCCACAGAUGUUGAGCUUUUCACCAACGACGGCCCGAACGUUGACACCUACGAUGUCAACAGUGUCCCGACUGCGAACGAUAUCUUUGAUAGCGACGAUGUCGAGUCUGCUGCCCUCGACGCCGACGCCGACGCUCUCGGGCGUCGCGCGACCAAGCCCAAGGCACCCGUCAAGGUGUCUCCUGCCAAACCCCCGGCGAAAGCUCCCGUUGUAGCGCCUCCCGUCAAAACCCCCGCCAAAGCUCCUGCAAAGGCCACCACGACGCCGGCGAAGGCCACCACGACGCCGGUGAAGGCCCCCACGAGCCCAGCAAAGCCGACCGGGAAGACGUGCACUGCGAACAAGUUCAAGAACAAGCCUCGCGCCACGCGCGAGCGCGCAUUCUCCGAGUUCGAUCACCUUUUCGGCAAGCGCGUCGUCGCCGCGGACUUCAUCGGCUGGCACGGCACCAACAGCGACACGGCCACGUUCUGGGCGGCCAAGGGGCAGCUCGAGAAGCCAGUGAAGCCGAGCGGCUUUUUCGACUUCUUCGACUUCAGCUCCAAGCAAAGUGCCGGCACCAGCGGCGCGGACGCCGAGAACGGUCCCGGCGUGUACAUCACCGACGACAAGGACAUCGCGAUCGCAUUCGCGAACAACAACGCGAAGGUGAACCCGGGCACGACCCCGAUGCUCUGCGCGAUCUUCGCGAAAACGGCGGGGAACUGGGAGAACGUGAUCAGGAAGGUGUUCCUCCCCGAGACACUCGUCGGCGACUCCUCGAACCCGGUCACGAAGCAGCAGAAGGAGAAGGCGCGACUAGACUACAUCGCGCGCGUCGCCCCGGGUAUCAGCGCCGUGAACGUCGUGCGCUUCUCCCUGCUCAACCGCAGCACGCGUACCGGCCAGCUCGUGCUCCCCGCGGGCAUCACUAAUCAGUUCACGGCACAGUGCGUGGCGACCACCGCGACCACCCUCCCCACGGGUACGGGCGAGUUCCCCGCGUUCAGCUACGAUGGCGCCACGCUCCGGACCCAGUGGGACAUCGCGGCGGAGCAGCAGUGCGCAGCUCCUUGA